UAAUAAUUAUCAACUCAUUACUUAUUGAAAACUGUGAAAUGUUAAAUUCAGAAAUACAUAUUAUAAAAGAUGAAUACAGUGAAUCUGGGAAAUUAGAAAAAACCUGUAAUGGAGACAUUUUAGUAUCAAAAUGUGAAGGAUAUUGUAAUUCUCAAGUUCAACCCAGUAUAGUGACGUCAACAGGAUUUUUAAAAGAAUGUUUUUGUUGUCGAGAAAUCUAUUUAAAAGAAGUUAUAAUCCUUUUAGAUCAUUGUUAUGAUGCAAACGGAGUAAGAAUUCACCAAGAAAACGAAGCUACUUUGGAAGUGAAAAUAAGAACCCCUGGAGGAUAUUAUUACAUCGACAAGCAACUAAGGGCGAAGAAGCUCCUCCUAGAACGACAGUGCGGAAUAGAUUCCAAUACGCGUCGUCAAGUUCGCGCCCAAAAAAGGGGCGUCUCUUUCGGCAACCUUCACCUUAGUUCUAGCUCGGAUGCUUAUGAAAUUAAACACCAAUUAGCGCAACAAAUCUAG